CAAGAAUCUUUAGUACUUAUCGAAGAUUUGGAAGAAAUUGCACUAAAUGGAAAUGAAAUUAUAUGUUUUGAUUAUCUAUACAGAUGUACUAUACAAAUUACAUGCGGUACCAUGAUGGGUAUCAAGGUGGAAAGGAAUAUAAUAGAUUUAUGGACGAAAACAACUAAAAGUAUAAGAGAUAUUUGGCGAUAUAGAUUUCGAAACAUAUACAUAAUUCCUGAUAUUAUAUUUAAUCUCACAUCUUUGGGAAAGAAACAGCGAGAAUGUAUAAAUAUCAGUCAUUCAAUCGUAGAAAAGAUGAUACAGCAAAGAACAAAUGAAUUAAGUACAAUGUCCACUAAUGAUAAACGGUUCGUGGACAUUUUCAUGCGUUUAUUUAGUGAUGAAAAAUUCACGCAAAAGGAAAUUAUAGACAAUGUAGUUACAAUGAUAGGAGCGGCUGCGGACACUACCGCUGCUACGUUAAAUUUUGUGAUCUUUAUGUUGGCAAAUUUCUCGGAAAUACAAGAAAAAGCAUAUAAAGAAUUAUUGGAAAUUUAUGGCACGGAAACUCCAAAGAAUGCACCAGUUAAAUACGAGGACUUACAACAUAUGAAUUACUUGGAUUGUGUUAUUAAAGAAACUUUAAGACUUUUCCCUUCUAUCCCUAUGAUUGGACGAAUAUUGACGGAAGACUUAAAAAUAGGAGAAUUUGUUAUACCAAAAGGUACAGAUGUUAUUAUAUCAAUUAUACGAAUGCACCGGAAUGAAAAAUAUUGGCCGAAUCCAUUGAUGUUUGAUCCGGAUAGAUUUCUAUCAGAAAAAACAAAUUGUUUACCAUAUUAUUUCAUGCCUUUUAGUGAUGGAUCAAGAAAUUGCAUAGGUGCAAAAUACGCAAUGAUGUCCAUGAAAGUUAUUUUAGCAACGUUGAUAAGAAUGUUUGUAUUUAAAUUGAAUCAUAGCAUUGAGAUAGACAAAAUCAAAUUAAAUUCGGAUAUAGUAUUGUCUACAGUUGAACCUUUAAAGAUUAAAAUUGAAAAACGUAAUCUCUUUUACUCUAAAUAA